CUUUGCAUUUUCGCUUCUUUCCUCUCCCGCCUCCUACGCACCUCUCACCCUCUCACCUUCUCCUGUCCUAAGCGCUCCGGUUCCCCUUCUCGAAAGAAACCCUAAACUCUUCGCUUUCGCUUUCGCUUUCGCUUUCUCUCUCUCUCUCUAUCUCCAAUGGCGUCGAAUAACCCUCCCGGCGAAUCAGGAAGGGAACCUCACGGCCAAGAAGAAGCGGACGAAGACGAGAGCGACGAGGAGUACGACCCCAACAGGGAGAGCGAAGAGGAGUACGAUCCCUACGCCGAUUACGAGGAAUACCAAGCCCUAGUCGCCGCCUACGCCGCCGGGAGAAACAUGGGUUUACCGUUCUCGGAUCCGGCUAUGGUGGUGCCGGAGGAGGGUGACGGAGGCGACGGAUGGGAGGUGGAAGUGGUGCCGUUCAUGGCGAAUGUGGAAGAUAUGGACGAAGGGGGAGAUGCAGCAGAGAGAGAGGAAGAUGAAGAGGAAGAAGAGGAUGAGGAGGGUGAGGAGGAGGGAAGGGAUGAUUGCGAGAGCCACGGAGGUGGAGGGUCGGAGAACGCGGGAUCAGGGACGCCGCAUGGGGCUGGGUUGGAUAAGCCCUCUGUCCCCAAUUGCCCCGUGUGUUUAGAGAUGUGGACUUCCGAGGGUCUUCACAGGGUCUGUUGUAUUCCUUGUGGACAUGUGUAUGGUAGAUCUUGCCUAGAGAGAUGGCUACAUCAGUGUGGAAAGAAAAUAGGGAAGUGUCCUCAGUGUAAUAGGAAAUUCCGUCAAAAGGAGAUUAUUAAUCUAUAUGCACCACUAAUAGUUGUGCCAAAUGAUGAUCUGGAAAAGGAAUUGCAAUCUUUACGAGAAAAACAUGAAUCCCUUAUGAUAGAGCGAGAACAAUUAUUGGAGGAGAUAAGCAAACACAAGAAGCGUCCAAUAGUGAGAGAAAGUUCCAAGGACAGACAGAAACUGGCAUGCUUGGAACAUUCAUCAAGUGGACCAAUACUCAGAGCACAUGUCGGACAUGUUGACCGAAGGCUUAAGUCUGCUGCUGGAACCUUUUCUGGAAGUGCAAAUAUGUCCAGUGACUGUUCUGAUGGUAGUUAUUCUCUGUGCAAUUUUGUCUUACAGAUUGAAUUAACGAUAGAUGGAGCUCGAGUUAUGGGAAUAGAUGCGCCUAGCAGGAUUGCACUUGUCUCUGGGAAGGCACCUGGACUGGGCGGGGAACAUGUCCUUAGUAAGAUUAGCUUGUUAGUUCCACAGGAAAUAGAGAAGAUUCAGCUUCCGCCAAAUACUAAAGCUAUUAGGGAUCUCCACAUCCUUCCUAACAGGCUUGCACUUCUUGCAUCGCUAGGCAGAAAAUUGUCGCUUUUCAGCAUGACAAGCAACAAUUUUGUUCUCCAGUACAAUUUGCCGGCACCUGCCUGGUCUUGUUCGGGUGAUUGCAGCAGUUCAUAUCAUAUUUAUACUGGAUUGCAGAAUGGUAUGCUUUUGGUGUUCGAUGUUCGUCAAACAGCAGUGCCCAUGCACUCUAUGGAUGGUUUGUCUAUGCAUCCAAUUCAUACCAUACACUCUAUUGUGCAUGAGAAUGGAAUGAAGAAAGUCCUCACAGCUUCCUCUGUAGGAACUUGCUUGUGGGACAUUAAUAGCAAUGGAGAAAGGCCGAUUUUGAUACCUGAAAUGGAAAGCCAAGGUGUAUGCAUCUCUCUUGCUUGUGGCAGUCCAUCAAGUGAUGAUAUAGUAGCAUCCUUUCGCCCUAAAGUUGACUUGACAAAUGAUGCCAAUGCCAUUUCAUCUCAGAUAUCAGUAUCACCUUCAUCUAUGCUUUCUAAUUCAGGAAAGUUAGGUUCUCAUGUCCUCAUCAAGAGGGUUAAUGGCACCUCGUUUCAUAAAGACCAAGUCGGUUAUGGCAACGUGAGCGGACUUCGUAUGUGCAAGUCUGCAAUAAUAUCCUCUAGAAGUAGCCACUCGCUUUUUGCCUAUGGGGAUGAAUUACUACAUGGAGUGCGCAUUUGGAGCCUUCCCUCCUUUCAGGAGUAUACUGUUCUCAAGCCACAUAGAUCUCCAAUCCUUGAUUUAAGGUAUGCAACGUGCCCUACAGGACCGAGAUUCCUCGGCUGUGUGAGCGAGGAGAAACUGCAGGUUCUUUUUUUAACUGCUGUAUGAAAAGAAUGGACCGGAGAGGAAAUUGGGGCAACUAUACAUAUACACUGGUAAGGUCAUCUAUGUAGUUUCUUUUGCAUAUACAAUUUGUGGUGUGAAAGAAUAAAAUAAAAUAGAAUAAAACAUAAGAACAAUAUGUUGAACUGUGGCCACCUGGCUGGAAACUAGUCACCUGAAGAUGAGGAAAUCAACAACAGAAAUAAAAUCAUGCUGUUCUUGCUUCUAUAUUGUGAUGAUAACAAUGGAAAGUUUGAUGAAUGGUCGCAACUGUGAUACCUCUUUGUUUCA